AUGCAAAGCGGGUUGCUGGAGUCCUUCUUGGGCGCCCUUCAAGCAACCAUCUCCAUCAUCAUGGUCAUCUUCUACGGCGUCGUAGCCACCCAGUUCAAGCUUCUAGACGGGCCCGCCUCCAAGAAGAUAUCUGAAGUGUGCAUCAAACUCUUUUUGCCUGCCCUGCUCAUCACAAAGGUCGGCAAUGAGCUCCACGCCGACACCGCAACACGAUAUAUUCCCAUUCUGAUCUGGGCCAUCUUCUAUGCUCUUGUUUCGAUUGCCAUUGGCUUGUUGGUGGUCAGAAUCUUCAGUUUCCCUCCUUAUGUCACACCGGCCCUCGCAUUCAACAAUACCACCAGCCUGCCUCUCCUCCUCAUUGAAUCAUUGGGAUCGACUGGCAUACUAGACCGUCUGCUCCUCGAUGAUGACAAUACUAGAGACGCCAUCAACCGAGCCCAAGCGUAUUUCCUGGUAUGUGCCAUAGUGGGGAAUUGUUUAACGUUUGCCGUGGGCCCUCGCCUCAUUGAUGCUGAAUUCGCCUCAGACGGGGAGGAAGGCGAUGCGGAAGAGCAUGAACAUGACUCCGGAGAGCCUCCUAGAGAGAGAGAUGGCGAGGCUGAACAAAACCGCCAGGACAUCGACGAUCUGACCUCUCUGCUCCCGGGUCCGAAUUUCAUCAAUGCGCCUCUCAUCGGCGCGGUGGUGGGCGCUGUCAUUGGCCUCACCCCGCCAUUGCACCGACUUUUCUUCAACGACAGUAGACAUGGAGGAUUGUUCAAUGCCUGGUUGACCACAUCCCUGGAAAACAUCGGAGAACUGUUCGUCACUUUGCAAGUCGUCGUAGUCGGAGUCUCCCUGUCCUCCUCGCUGCGGAAAAUGAAACGGGGCGAGGACAAUGGCUUACCCUGGAUUCCCAUAGCCUGCAUCUUGUUGGUAAGAUUCGUGCUGUGGCCGGCAGUCUCAAUCGCCAUGAUUUGGGGACUCGCCACCAAGACGAGGUUGCUUCCCCAAGAUCCAAUGUUGUGCUUCGCCAUGAUGUUGAUGCCAACUGGACCGCCGGCCAUUAAAUUGGUGGCUAUGGCAAAGGUUCAUGGCGUCGGCGCUCAUGAGGAAAUGACCCUAUCAAAGCUUCUCACUCUAUCCUAUGCCGUCUCGCCAAUCCUAGCACUUACAGUGGUCGGAAGUCUUUACGCAAGCGAGGCAGCAAUGGUGAACUGA